CCAGCAGAGAAAGGACCUGAUAAGGAGUCUCCUCUAGGUGGAGAUGUGGCAAGAUGUCAUGAUAUUUGAUCUCUUCACCGGAAGAUUAUUGCAUCGCAGAAAUGGUGGAUGUUGUGACUGUCACACUUAGUUAAAAUGCUCAUUCUAACGCUUCUGUACAGCCAGAAAGAGAGAUGCAGCUCAGCACUAUGAAUUUGGAAAGUUACUAUUGUUUCAAAAACACACACAAACACAUUUUCAAAGAUAUGCUGCACAUGACAUACACUAAAGUGCAUUCACCCCUCUCAGUGGCAUGAUUUAACUGCUGUUUAACUGUUUCUUUCUGUGCUGUUUCAAAUAUAUCUGUUGCUUAGGAAAACAGCUAAUCGACAUGAACUGCAGUCAGACAAGAUGGACCAUCUCAGCCAUUGAAAUCAAAAUGAUUUUUAAAUACCCUCGGUAAAUCCACACAUUUCUGUAUGUGGUGCAUUCUAAUGGGCUGUCUAUAGACCCCUUUACUUCAGUGCCAACUCAUUUAGAAGACAAAUGAGAAAUAAUCUUGUGCUGGUUUCAAAGAGGGUCACGGUAUUAGUGUGAUAUCAGUUUAUAUCUUAAACAGGAAAACUCAGGCUACAACCUAGUUCAUGUGCUCCACUUUGGGAUUCUUCCCACUGCUGAUGCCACAAUCUCUCCACCAUAAAGGGGUUUCAAAGGUAGAGGGCGCCAGAGAAGUUGAAUAAGUAGGCUACAAAUAAGCGCUACGGUAUGCUUGCCACCGUGUAGAGGCAUCCCAUUGAUGGCAAUUUUAGAGAACAGCUUAAAAAGUAGCUUACACCUCGUCUUUUCCAAACGUCCGGGAAUUUUUCAUUAGAUAGAUUAUGGAGUUCAAAAACAAGUUUUUAGGCAUUUUUUCAAUUUCUGUCCGUCGAUUCUUAAUUCUUGUUAGUCAAUUAGCAAUUGUUUUCACUGUGUAAUUAGCUACACAUCAAAGUCAUUCAUUAAUCAUUUCCUUAAUUAGCUCAUUUAUCAUUGUAUAUCGCUCUCCACCCACCCCCGUCUCAUACAAAAACAAUCUCCGGCAGUGGAUGUCUUCACGUCUCCUCGCAUCUUCAUCACAAUUGCCACGCUCAUUGGCUGCACAGCAAUGAGGUCAUGACAAGCAUUGAACUGGUGUUUUCGUUUCCCGACUGGAAGCAAGUUCAAAUCCUCCCUCUUGAAGAAGAAGGGAUGCGCAUCAACUUUCCCUGGAACUUCUUUAACCCCUAUAUGUGAGAAACCGCCGUUUUCCUGACACAGGACCUACUUUCUUUGAACUUUCUGCGGAAAUUGUGUUUUUACCUAAAAUCACAGUCUUCUCCAAGUUUCCCCUUGCGAACGGGCAAUUCCAGAAACUUAUUUGAGAGAAGUCGCAUUAAUCCUGGAUCCAUGAGCGUGGUUAGGACGAAAACAUUUGCGUGAUAAGGUGUAGUUUUGACAAAGAUGGCGUCCGUCAGGUGGCACUGGGGCUGGGUGCUGGUGGCUCUGGCCGCCUGCCUGGCACAGGUGGCAUCCUCACUCAACCUGGAGGACCCGAACGUCUGCAGUCACUGGGAGAGCUACUCUGUUACCGUGCAGGAGUCGUACGCACACCCCUUUGACCAGAUAUAUUACACCAGCUGCACAAACGUCUUGAACUGGUUCAAGUGCACGCGACACAGGGUCAGCUAUCGGACAGCAUACCGUCGUGGAGAGAAGACCAUGUACCGGCGCAAAGAGCAGUGCUGCCCUGGCUUCUAUGAGAGCGGAGAGAUGUGUGUCCCCCACUGUGAAGAGAAAUGUGUCCACGGCCGAUGCGUGGCCCCCAACACCUGCCAGUGUGAGCCCGGGUGGGGCGGGGCCGACUGUUCCAGUGCAUGUGACAGCAUCCACUGGGGCCCUCACUGCAGCAACCGGUGCCAGUGUCAGAAUGGGGCGCUGUGUAACCCCAUCACGGGGGCGUGCAUCUGCACCCCUGGGUACCAGGGCUGGCGCUGCGAGAAGGACUGCGAUGCGGGCACCUACGGCACCGGCUGCCAGCAGAAGUGCCUGUGUCAGAACGGUGCCGCCUGCCACCACAUCACGGGGGAGUGCACAUGCUCACCGGGAUACACCGGAGCUUUCUGUGAGGACUUGUGUCCGCCCGGUAAGCACGGACAGCAGUGUGAGGAGCGCUGCCCCUGCCAGAACGGAGGAGUGUGUCACCACGUCACCGGAGAGUGCUCCUGUCCCGCUGGAUGGAUGGGGAUGGUGUGCGGCCAGCCUUGCCCAGAGGGACGUUUUGGCAAGAACUGCUUCCAGGAAUGCCAGUGUCAUAACGGGGCGACGUGUGACUCGGCCAUCGGCCAGUGUUUCUGCAGCCCAGGCUACACUGGAGAACGGUGCCAUGAGCAGUGCCCGGUUGGCCUGUUCGGCAUGGACUGCAGGCAGACGUGCCGCUGCCUGAACGGUGCCAAGUGCUACCACAUCAGCGGGGCGUGCCUGUGCGAGCCGGGCUUCGCGGGCGAGCACUGCGAGGUGCGCCUUUGCCACGAGGGCGUCUACGGGCUCAAAUGCGACAGGAAGUGCCCCUGCCACUCAGAGAACACGCGCAGCUGCCACCCCAUGUCUGGUGAGUGUUCAUGCCAGCCCGGCUGGGCAGGGCUCUACUGCAACGAGACGUGCACGCCCGGUUUCUAUGGCGAGUCCUGCCAGCAGGUGUGCCACUGCCAGAAUGGCGCAGACUGCCACAGCGUCACGGGAGAGUGCAUCUGUGCCCCGGGCUUCAAAGGGCCCGACUGCUCCACGGCCUGUCUCUCCGGCACCUUCGGGGUUAACUGCUCCUCCACCUGCGCUUGUAAGAACGGAGCUGCGUGCUCACCUGUGGACGGGUCGUGCUCAUGCAAAGCAGGCUGGCAUGGAGUGGACUGCUCCAUCAACUGCCCCAGUGGCACGUGGGGCCUGGGCUGCAACCUCACCUGCCUCUGUGGGAACGGCGGGGCCUGCAACGCACUGGACGGACGCUGCACCUGCGCCCCGGGCUGGAGGGGGGAGAGGUGUGACAUGCACUGCCAGGAUGGCACCUAUGGCAUGGACUGUCGGGAGCGCUGUGACUGCAGCCAUGCUGAUGGGUGCCACCCGUCCACUGGGUACUGCCGCUGCCUGGCGGGAUGGACAGGGAUCCACUGUGACAGCGUGUGUGCUGAGGGCCGGUGGGGCCCUAACUGCUCUGUGCCGUGUAACUGUGAGAACGGAGCGUCCUGCUCCCCUGACGAGGGCACCUGUGAGUGUGCGCCCGGGUACAGGGGAACCACCUGCCAACGCAUCUGUUCGCCAGGGUAUUUUGGCCACCGCUGCAGCCAGGCCUGUCCUCAGUGUGUCCACAGCAAAGGGCCGUGCCACCACGUCACGGGGCAGUGCGACUGUCUGCCAGGCUUUAAAGGGGCACUCUGCAACGAAGUGUGUCCCAGAGGCAGGUAUGGGAAGAGCUGUGCGCAGACCUGCACCUGCACCAACAACGGCACCUGUAACCCCAUAGACGGCUCGUGCCAGUGCUACCCAGGCUGGAUUGGCAGCGACUGCUCGCAGCCUUGUCCACCUGGCCAGUGGGGACCCAACUGCAUCCACACGUGUAACUGUCACAAUGGGGCUUACUGCAGUGCUUAUGAUGGAGAGUGUAAGUGCACGCCAGGAUGGACCGGCCUCUACUGCACCCAACGCUGUCCGUUGGGCUUCUAUGGCAAAGACUGUCGCCAGAUCUGCCAGUGUCAGAACGGGGCAGACUGCGACCACAUCUCUGGCCAGUGCACCUGCCGCACAGGCUUCAUGGGAAGGCAUUGUGAACAAAAGUGUCCAGCUGGUUCCUAUGGCUACGGCUGCCGGCAGGUGUGCGACUGUCUCAACAACUCCACCUGUGACCACAUGACUGGGACCUGCUACUGCAACCCCGGCUGGAAAGGAGCCAGAUGUGACCAAGCUGGUGUUAUCAUUGUGGGGACCUUGAAUAGCCUGACCAGUACUGCGCUGCCAGUGGACUCCUACCAGAUUGGAGUGAUCACAGGCAUCAUUGUGUUGGUCCUUCUGGUGCUCCUCCUCUUGCUCCUCUUCAUCAUCUACCGGAAGAAACAGAAGGGCAAGGAGCCGACCAUGCCCGCUGUCACCUACACCCCUGCCAUGCGGGUCAAUGCCGACUACGCCAUCGCAGAGACAAUUCCACAGACCACAGAGGGACACCCCAACAGCAACUACUUCUCCAACCCCAGCUACCACACACUCACACAAUGCACCAGUCCUCCCCAUGUAAACAACCUGCCAUAUGGAAAGACGAAGAACAACCAGCUGAUGGUGAACCUGAAGAACAUGGACCACAGGAAGAGGCCUCCUCUGAUGGACCACACAGGAACUCUGCCUGCCGACUGGAAACAGGGGGGAUGCUUCAAUGAGCUGGGAGCUUAUGGAGUUGACAGACGCUACAUGGGGAAAUCCCUAAGAGACUUGGUGAAGGGCCUGCCCUACCAUGCCAGCACCAGUUCCCUCAACAGCUCGGAGAACCCCUAUGCCACCAUCAAGGACCCGCCGCUGCUGAUGCCCAAGAACACAGAGUGUGGCUACGUGGAGAUGAAGUCACCGGCGAGACGCGACUCUCCCUACGCUGAGAUUCACAACUCCAGCCCUACCAACAAGAACGUCUACGAAGUUGAGCCUACAGUGUUCAAUGGUAUCCACUUACCGGGCAACAACAACUGCAACGGACCCUUUACCCAGGACCCAUACGACCUACCAAAGAACAGCCACGUCCCUAGUCACUACGACGUUCUCCCCACACGAGAAAGCCCACCAUCACCUCACAAAGAACUGGACAGUGACUGAGCUGAGCUCUAAGAGACCUCACAGAGACCAUGAGCCUGUUUCCAGGGCUCCACCAAACAGUGGCCUUCAUGCGCUGGCGUACUGUGUGCUCAUUCUCUGCGUAUUCUCCAGUCGCUAAUGUAUCCAUCACUUAGAUUCAUUUUGGUUUGUUUUAUUUUACUUUUUUAAACUUUUUUUUUUAUCCUCACUAUAAUCAUUCUUGCGCACGCUUUUCUUUGAAAGAAACUGAAUAUGGUUAUUCAGCCUGGAUUCACACACGCAUUAUUCACUGCUGUUGUCCUCUCUUUAAAGAUUGCUCUGGAAUGGCUAGGCGCACAACCAGGAAUAUCAGCAUUACAUUUAAUAACUUUCUGAUUAAUUAGAUCGUCAAACAUACCUGAUGGCUCACGGUCAACGAAUCAUUCCAUUCACUAGAGACAUAUCACUUGCCUUUAUUCUUAAAUGUAGAAUGAGAAUACAAAGCAAACCUCAUUUUAUUUUUGUAAUGAUGAAUGGAAACAUAUUCAGUGUUAGAACUUGGAGAAUAAGAUGAAUGUGAGUGUGUUUGAAAUGGUAGACUUGUAGUUAUGUUUUAGUUUAGCGUGGGUAUAGUACUGUAUGUCAUCACAUCUGGAAUUAUUUUUACUGUGUCUCUUUAAUUGUAUUUUGACAGUUUUUGUCUUAGUCUGAAUGAUCAAUACUAAACUUAACCAAAGGUCAAAGUGCCAUAAUAAGUAUUUCUGCUCCUGCUAUUGGCUCUUAGUUGGAGCAGAUCCUUCAGUUUUAGGUCCCUAGCUCAUUCAAAAAUGACACCCCAGAAAAUUCUCUUCAACUCUAUCUGGCAAAUGGUACUGUGUAACUCAGUAAAUAAUGGUCUAAUCAAUUUGUAUUAGGUAUAUCAAAUUAGAAUUGGCCCUUACAGGAGGUUUGCUACAGUUGUGUAGAAUGGCUGUUCCCAUCGAAAUUCUAAUUAUAUGGAUGUUCCAUUCUACAUCCAAAAAGAUAGUGUCAUUACAGUUUAAUGUGAUGUAGUAAUUCAUUACUUUUGGUUAUGUUUAUUCUCUCUGCACACACAAUAUUUUACAAUUUGUAAAUGAACAUGAUGAGAUUUUAAAGUUAUUGGCUUUAGACUGAGUUUCAUCUGCUCAAACAUAACCAAGUCUUAUGUUCUGUGAAGUGAAGUCAGAGGAAUGUUCUAUUCUCAACUUUGUCCUUAGACAAAAAAAAAAGAUGCUUAAGCUGGCCUUUUGCAUUCUAAUGUAAAGAACAUCAACGGAAGGGAGAGCUGACCCAUUUUAGAUCUGCAAGUAGACUAAUUAGGUCUCCCUUGUAUUUAGAUUUUCCAUGUUAAUAGCAAAAUAGUUAGUCACGAUAGUUUUAAUAAAUACUAUGGAUCCAUCUUAAAACUUGUCUGAGCCAGGAAUUAAAUUUGUUUGUACAAAAAUGUGUACAUAGCUGUAAUUCACUGUAGGGGAUGAUUACGACAUUUGUGCGGUGUUAGUGUGCAUAGUGCACAUAGCACUCUGCCUUACUUUUGUAUAUUACUUAAGCAGGAGUAUUUGGUUAAUAUCACAUUUGGCAUCUAGGCCAUCCACAAGAAAUCUCUUUUGAGUCUCUAAAUCCACAAUUGUUUGACCAGUGUUUAUCACCUUGACAUGUGACUGUUUUUAGUUGUGUACCGCAUACAAACAUGUUCAUUCAAGCCUGAUCACAUUUUACUUUAGCCUUCUCUGUAUGUCAGUUGAUUCAUGGGUACAUUUUGCCAGUCAGAUAAUUGAAACAGAUUGACUAUCAGGGCAGCUGAGCUUUUCAUCAGUUGUGCUGGUUAGUGUGUAUGUACAUGUAUAUAGUAUAUUCUGCUUUGUUUUGUUCUUUUCUCUUAAUCUGUUUUCUAUUUUAUUUUGUCAGAGAACUCACUGAAAUUGCACAUUUUGUUAUGUUUUUGUUUCCCUCCCCAAAGAAAGUCUGAAUAGCGACGUAUGCCUCGGAUUACCACUUGUUUUCCAGUAGCUUCUGUGUCUGUGCAAUUUGCUUUACAAUAAAACGACAAAGGUGUU